AAAUGAGCGAAAGCGGUGAAAUUUUUGACCGUCCAUGUGCCGAUAUAAAACGCCCACCAUUCUAAUAAUCAACUUGUUAUCAAUAGUGAAGCUUCACGAUACGUUCGAGAACGCUGCCUCCAAAUUCAAUUAUUCCAUCUGCACAACACGGCGCUACCAUGACUGCUUCCGUGCCAUCUGGCUUCAGGCACCUACUACACCAGCCACCACCGCCACAACCAGCAUCAGAAAUAGACUCAAACAUACGCUCGCGCCUCCGCUUAUUUGUGCGGCAAGAACCCAUUGCCGCUCGUGCCUGCGGGUUUGGAAAUAAGUCCCGAAGACCUAUUGAUCCGCUCCCGGUCAUCCAGCUUCUAAUGAUCGAUUUCUCCCCCCAUUCUGAGGAAGAUAUGAAGCAGCUCACAAACCCGCAACACGUUGUCGUCUGUCAUCUAUUUCCGGCCAGCCAACCGCAUGGAGUGAAUCCUGAACCGCAAAUCCGGUCACAAAGCAAUGCUGGGUGCUUUUUGGAACCAAGCGAGACUGGAGCCGUUAACAGUGACGGUGGUAGCAACCCGACAAAUAGACAACGGGGCAAAAUUCUGUCUGGCAGCACAUGUGCGAGUCCAUUCCUAGUCGGCGUAGAUCCCGAUCUGGCAAAUGCACCCGAACACCCACGUUCAAUGGCGAGCCGAGAGCAAAGUUCAGGUACUACUCUUAUGCGCCCGCCACGAAUUCUACCAUCUUCAGACGCUCCACAGGAUGUUCCUGCAACCUUCUUCAUAUUCUCCGAUCUCUGCGUGCGUACCGCAGGCUGGUAUCGGCUACGGUUUCGGCUAGUAGAUGUCCAAGAAACUGAGAAAUUGGGGAUCUCCCCGUGCCUUCAUGAGGUCUGGUCUCAAUCUUUUCAGGUGUUCGCGGCGAAAGAUUUUCCUGGGAUGAGACCAACCCCUUAUUUGGCAAUAAGACUAAAGGAUUUGGGAGCCAUCGGCAUUAAAAUGCGGGAAAAGGAACGGGGGUCGCGGCAGAAAAGAACGGUACAGAGUACUAGCGAGGACAAUAUCGAUCCUGUUUGUGGCUGACUGGUUUACUCGGCAAAUUGUUACUUUCGGAUCUGUAACAGCUUGAGUUUGGCCGAGAAACGUAAUUCUCGCAGAAGUACAAACAGGCGGAGAACAUAAGAGAAGAGAAGAAAAUUGGUGACUAUCAAGGAUUUUUUUUUGUUCCUCCAACUCUUCGGGUAUACUUUGUUUCCCUAGUUUUGCGCCAGCACAAAAUAUAUGAUUCUGUACAUGUACAUACAUUCGCACAUUUUUAAAAAUGCCAUGGAAAAGAUGGCGCCUCUGAACAAUGUCUAUUAUUUUAAGUUUUUUGGCAAGCUCCGGCAUUGCUUUAGUUGUCCAGGGCGGACAUCUGUCGCUUGUUUUCGACUCCGUUUGGCGCUCGUACAGUUGCCCAAAACCAUACUCGGCGCAAUGGAAUUAAAUUCCAAUGGACAAACUAUUUAGCACAUCAAAUGUAAGGAAAAAGAAAUGGGUAUGAUAAGCGCAUUUCUUUAGUCGAACUGUGCAAACUGUUUUGUAAAGAUCUCUCUCUCUUUCUCAAUGUUCAAUUCAAAAGUUUUGCCAAG